AUGCGCGCCCACAUUUCCCCAUUGUUUCUGUUGCUUUUACCGCAGAAUCUCAUAUUUUCUUCCUUUGCCUUUGCACCGAAUCCAAUCCUAGUAUCAAACGAGCUCGAACACCUCCUCGUCGACACAGGCGGUGCCAAUGACGGUGGUUUCAAGCGCGCAAUCACACCAUGCACGAACUACGUGGAAGGGAGUCAGCUUCUGGGACGGGAGACAGCGGCGCAAUGGAUUCGAGUGGCCUUUCAUGACUUUGUUACUGCAGACGUGGGUACUGGCGUGGGCGGUUUGGACGCGUCGAUUGGGUUCGAGACGCUUCGUGCCGAGAAUAGUGGAACGGCUAUGAACGACUCGCUCACAUUCUUCGCGCCCUUCGUUAGCGCUCAGGUAUCCAUGGCGGAUAUGAUAGCGUUGAGCGUAGUGAUGUCGGUAGGCGGUUGUGGCGGCCCUCAUAUUCCUCUUCGCGGAGGGCGUAUCGACGCUACACAAGCCGGAGUGUUCGGUGUCCCAGAGCCAGAGACCGAUCUUGAACAGACAUUGGAGGAGUUUUCCGGCGCUGGUUUCAAUCAAUCUGAUGCCAUUGCUCUCACGGCAUGUGGGCAUACGAUGGGCAAUGUGCACCACGGAGGAUUUCCCCAAGUCGUACCGGAGUCUGCUGUUACACCAAACAAUACGGGUGGAGGCGUCCAUUUUGAUGUCACGCCAGCUAAUUUCGACAUAGACGUUGUUCAAGAAUAUUUGUCAGGAACCGGUCAGCGGGGAGGGCCUCUCGUGACAACAGACAAUGUCACUGUACGCUCUGACCUUCGCCUGUACACUUCCGACAAUAACCAAACACUCCAAGCAUUGUCGCAGUCCUCUAAUUAUUUCAGGAAAGCAUGCGCACAGCUUUUUUCCCGCAUGAUUGACACCGUCCCCAAAGAUGUGAAAUUGACCACGAUUAUUGAGCCCAUGGUCUAUAAGCCGGUGAACGUCAGUUUGGGACUCACUUCAGACUCGAACAGCUCUCUGUCUAUUUAUCUGGAUACCUCGUCAUCAUCAAAUGAUCCUGCUCCAACUCUUUUCAUCUCGUACGAGACCAGACUUGGGUCACCUGCUUCUCAUAGAGUGAUUGCGACAUAUACCCCGGACGUCGAGAACAAUGGCACGAGUAUAUUCGGCAACACAUACUAUUAUCGUUUCACCGCUUCAAUCGAUUCGUCUGCCGGGAUCUCUGCAUAUACAGUAGCAAAUACCAGUUUUGCCUUGCGGGAUACAAUAUUUUUCCUCCCAGACUUGAGUUCUGCACAAGACAACGGCAGUGACACGUGGAGUGUUAACAUCACCGCAGCCGCCUUGACAUCGUCCAACCCCUCUAAUGUCCGCGCCGUGCUCUUCACUCCUACGGGGCAGCUUGGAACGCUUGCUCCGCGGAUUGUAACGCAGAACGUCACUCUGAAUGAAAUCGGAUCCGUCGGCGUAUACAAAAUCUACUCCGCAGUUGUUGUAGUCGAGACUAUCAAUAUCGGAGGCGCCAGCGUCGACAUCGUAGGUUCAUUCGCAGGGGGUCGGGAAGUCAUAGAUGAAUUCAAGAAGCUCAGUUUAAUCAUAUAA